CUUGUUUAGAAAUAUAGCCGUUACCACGAUAUUACCUUCUCUGUUCCCAAUCUUUAAAACUCUCUGAAAUCGUAUCGUCAUCAUUCUCCUUCCUUCCUUCUAUUCAACUUCUUCGCCUAAUCAAUUCAAUUCAACUUACUACUUCCAUGCCUUCCAACAAACCAUCUUCAAUGCCUUCAAACCCUAAUCCAAGAAGUUCCGAAAUCGGUAACCCUAUGAGAAGGAGUUUCACUGGAAACCCCUUCUCCAAACCCUCAAUUGUCCCAAACCAUGGAGCCAAAACCCCCGCCAACAGCCCUUCAGCAGAUUUUUCGAGAAGAGGCUCUGUUGGGGUUCGGGAAAGCGGAGGGUCGCUGAGGGACUCCUUUGAUGACAAAGAAAACGGGAAAGAUCACAUUUUGAAACCAGCAAAGGUUCGAUCACCAGCUGUUUCUUCAAAGGGCUCAAAGAAUUUCAUGUCUCCGACCAUUUCUGCUUCCUGCAAGAUCAAUGAGUCUCCCAGAAAGAAAGUCCUGAUUGAGAGGAAUGAGGCGGUUUCGAGUCCUGCAGACCCGAAAAGCCACGUUCGCAAGGUAACUUUUGCUGAGCCCUUGGAGGAGAAUAUGAUUUAUGGGAUCAUCCCCAAUUUUGAGGAAGGUCCCAGAUCUUCCCUGAGUAGUGAAGAUUUGAGUGGUGAGAGUGAAACUAGUGAAAUUCAUUAUAUGAAUGUUCCUUUGAUUUCAAAGAAUGAUACAGAUUUGUCGUUUGAAUCUGUCAAUGAUGUGAAUGUGAAUGUUCCUUUGGUUCUAGAGAAUGACAUUUACUACACUGAACCAUCAUUUGAAACUGAGCCUGAUUAUGAUAACCUUGACCCUACUUUUAAGCUUAGCCCCACUUCCACUCAUCCCGUUUUUAAGCUUAGCCCCACUGCCACUCCUCCGGUUUCAUUGAAAGCCACCGUUGUGGCUCCUCUGGAUGCGGAUCCCUUGAUGCCCCCUUAUGACCCCAAAACCAACUACCUCUCCCCCAGACCACAGUUUCUUCACUACAAACCAAAAUCUCGAAUGGAACUCUGCAGGGAAAGGGAAUUAGAGGACAGCUUCAUAUCUGGAAGCUUUUCAGAUACAGAAGUCACUGAGGAUUCCCAGUCUGAAGUCUCACAGAAGGAAUCGGAGGAUGCUUCUUCGGAUGAAACUGUUAAGGAAGAAGAGGGUGAAAUUUCUGAACUAAGUCCUGCUAGGAGGACUCUCAUGCCAGAGGAAUCUGUUGAAGAAAAAGAAGUUCCAAAACCACGCUUCACAGUGAGAGCAAAGGCUGUUUCUCUUACCUUGCUUCUUGCAGUUGCUUUUGUAUCAAUCUCAGUCACAGUCACAGAUUUACCUGUGAUUGAUCGAACUGUGUUUGAAGACUUCUACAAGGUUUAUGAAUCAUCAGAGUUUUCAGGGGCUAAUUUUGAUCUAUUCAACCAGUUUGCAAAAACAAAUUUUGAUGAGAUAGCUCGAAACUUACAAAUUUGGUUUACCAAGUUGUUGUCUUCAACUUCUGAGUUCAUUUCAGAUGUUAGAGGAGCACACAAUUUGGCCAAGUUGCAAUAUUAUAACUUGACCAUUCAGCACGAUUACUCCAUGGUGGAUCAGUACCCUAUAUUUGGUCGUGGUGAAAAUGAAAUAGGUGAGACUCACGUACCAGUAUGGGACGCUGAUGAGAGUGAUGCUGCCUCAGAUAUUGACAGUGAUGAGGUUGUUGAGGGGGAUAUUCUGGAGGAGCAUUAUGAAGUGUAUGAAGAACAAGUUCAGCAAGAUAUUGCAACAAUUACUGGAGUUGAAAAUAUUAUGGAUGCUCCAGAAUCUGAGGAAGUACUCAAUAUGAUCGAAUCAGAGCAACUGGCUGAAGCAGGAAAUUUAGAAGCAACGAUUGCACAAGAAGCUGAGGCUAACUUAAAUGUUGAAAAUCAGCCAAGCUUGAAUUCAGAGGUUGCUGAAAUCUGUGUUGAAGCGUAUGAGUCAGAUACAAAGCAGGCACAAGAAAAGGAUGCUAAACUCAAUGUCAAUGAGCAAAGUGACAUAAGUUUAGAUUCAGAUGUUGCUGCCGUGAACGAUGAUGUAGCAAAGGAAAAAUCAGUAAGCAUAGAUGCUGCAAUUAAAGGGAAUGAAGGGCGAUUAGGAGCAAUUGACAUUCCUCCACAUGUGAUGCUAUGUUUGCUACUCGGUGCAGGUACUGUUUUAAUUGCAGCUGCAGCUUUCAACUUGUCAAGAAAGGGUAGCAAAAGCAUGAGCUCCAUGGAGAAGCCCCUGGAGUUACAUAAUGACUCCUUUCCAUCUAAGAACAAGCAGAUUUCUCCAGAGAAGUCAUCUGGGCCCGUAGAAAUGGACGUGCUUGAAGAUUCAUCAUGCCCUUCAGAAGCGAGCAGCAUUCAGCAAAGCUCAUUCUACAGUGAAAAAGAAGUGAAUGAAGGUCACAGGCUAGGCCCUGAGAAGAAGCGCAAGAAUAACUACCGGAGAGAAUCUUUGGCCUCUUCUGCAUCAGACUAUUCCAUGGGUUCCCCAUCCUAUGGAAGCUUAACUGUGUAUGAGAAAAUUCCAAUCAAGCAGGGACAUGGGGAGGAGGAGAUCAUCACUCCUGUUAGGCGUUCAAGUAGAAUUAGAAACCAAGCCACUUCUCCUUCAUAACCUGAUUUUGGGAUUAGUUUGUGUUUGGUUUUUAGUUCGUGUUCCAAAGGAUGUUCAAACUUAAACCCAAUCCGUGGGUGUAGUUUCAUUGAACUGAAUAACGUUUGAAUCUUCUGAAUGGAAAACCAAACAUCCCUUAGUUUUCAAGUAGGAAUACCUAGCCAAAUUUUAUCCGUUGUAAUCUGACCUGACCCAGCAUAACUGUUAAUGUAAGCAGAAGUAUCCUAUCUUCUGAAUCCCCUUGAUCUUCUGUAGCAGAAGAAAUUUAUUGUUGAGUGAAUCUGAUUGGUUAUUAAGUUGUAUUAAUCCAAUGACCUACUGCAUUUUCCUUCUUAUUUUGCUCUGUAAGCUUUUGAAA